AAUUAAGUAGAUUAAGAAUAAUUAUGUUAUAUUCAAUUAAUUUGGUAUCACAAAAUUAAUUAAUGUGUUAUCGUAUUGUAACGCCGCGACGGUCAGAAAUCGGUAAUCGGUAUGACAUACAGAAUAUUGGUCUGAUUAAGUCUCACUGCUAUUCCAAUUCCACAGGCGUCUGGUAGGCUCUCUCAUUUUUAACUUCUGAGUUCUGAAGUUCCAAGCGCGUCGUCAGCGCUGACGCGUUAGUCUCAUCUCAUAGUAGCAGUUGUAAUUUGAAAUUUGUAUGAUUUUCCAAAUGCCUUUCAAUCGAUCAUCGCCGAACACUGAAACUAUGGCUAUUAGUUGAUAUUCGUGUCGAACCACUCGCCAUUAGCACGUCUAGAUGAUCGCAUGUGAUAUCCAUAAUUCGAAAUUCGAAUUUACUUUCAUCGCAGGAGCAUUUUGACCCAGACGUCGUGCUCUGGUCUACCCUAGUCUACACGUAAAUUGGUGUGGACGCACGGUACCAUUUUACCUACUCGGUGUGGUUUGCGGGUCCAUUUCCUUCACUGACCAGUGCUUGCCGCUUGGUUCGUACUAAGUUGGAAUGGGACAUUUUCGUUACUUUUCAAUUGGAAAAAAACGAAUAUCAAAAAAAUGCUUUCACUAGUAUAAUGAUAACAAACUCAUUCAAAAACAGAUUUUUUCACACCAAGUUGAAUUGUAUUCAUGUAAUUUAUGCAUAGGCGUGUAUAAGAUUUAUUUGCAGAGUACAAAAAAAAAUUGAAAUGGAUAUUGUAUGUCCUUGUAUGACUACUGAAAACCCUAAAGACCGUGUAUGUUUUUCUAAUGAUAGUGAUACACGUACAGUAUUUUCAUUAAGUAAAUUAGCGUAUUAUGCUUGUAUUGACUUCCAAAGAAAAGAGUACAACAGAAUUAAGAAUGCACCAGAAGUAGACAUACAAAACUGCUGUCGCCAAAUAUUUCAUAUCUUGAAAAGAAAUCUUGAUUUGCCAUAUGAUCCAGUUCAUAUAGAUUGUCUCUUUGUGUAUGGUGAGAGCUUUAGGGUAGCAUGUUUUGAAGCUGCAAGAGUUGGGCAUAUGGACUGCUUGAGAUUUGCUCAUGAAAAUGGAUAUUCAUGGAGCUAUAAAACAUGCAAGAAAGCUGCAAAAAAUGGACAUCUUGAUUGCUUAAAAUAUGCUCAUGAGCAUGGAUGUCCAUAUGGCGAUAAUAUUUUAAAAGACUCUGCUAAAGGCGGACACUUAGAGUGUAUGAAGUAUUUGUACGAAACUGGAUGUCAGUUGACAAUGCUUGCAUGCACUGCUGCUGCGGAAAGUGGUUUUUUAGAAUGUUUAAAAUAUGCUCAUGAAAUUGGAUGCCCGUGGGGAAUAAAGACUUGCACCAAAGCAGCAGCUGGUGGUUACUUGGAUUGUUUAAAAUAUGCUCACAGAAAAGGAAGUACCUUAACCGCAAAAACAUGUGCAGCCGCAGCAAGAGGUGGACAUUUGCAAUGUUUAAAAUAUGCACAUAGAAAUAGAUGUAGAUGGGAUGAAGAAACAACAAAUAACGCUGCACUUGGGGGACAUUUUCAUUGUUUAUUAUAUGCACAAAGACACGGAUGUCCAUUGGGUUUAAAUAUUUUGGAAAAAGCUGCAAUUGGAGGAAGUGUGGAAUGUAUGAAAUACUUGUAUAGUUUAGGAUGCGAAAUAAGAAAAUUAACCUGUGCUACUGCUGCAAAACACGGGAACUUGGAAUGUUUGAAAUUUUGCGUUAAAAUUGGAUGUGAAUGGGGAAGACACGUGUGCACCAAAGCUGCAGCUGGUGGCCACUUACAAUGUCUCAUGUUUGCUCAUGCUCAAGGUUGUCUUAUAUCCAGAAACACGUGCACAGCCGCUGCACGAGAUGAACAUUUAAAUUGUUUAGAGUAUUGCCGUCGGUUUGUAGAUUGGUGAGAGUAAAAUUAAAUGUAAAUAAAUAUUUUAAAAUGUUAAUUUAAGAAUGUAUUAUUUACUUAAGAAAUUUAAAUUAGUUUAAAAUAAGAAUUUAUAUUUGUUAAAUUAAAUUAAAUUAUAAAGCCAAAACAAUAAUAUUUGAAAGUAAAUAUAUGAUUAAAUAUAAUAUAUUUAUAAUAUUAUUACAUUAUAUACUUAUUUUAGGUUGAAAUCACAUUUUAUAUGUAUAAUGGAUAAAUCUGACCAAUACAAAAUUGUUUACUAAAAUGUAUGUCAAAUGUAAUCUUCCUAAGAAUAUAUUUAGUAUUUAGUAUUUAGUAUCCAGUAUAAAAUAAAAAUAUAAACAUUUAGAUGUUAUAACCUAUAAUCAGGCAUGGAUUUAGAUGUUUAAUCUUUUUAAGGUGGGAUGAGCUCACAGAAUAUAUAGAAUUUUCUAGAAAUCAAAUCAAAUCAUUUUGACAUAAAAAGCCUGGUACAUAAAAAUAUAUUAAUUUACACCAUUUUGAAGGGGGGGGGGUAUUGUGCUAACAUCUGUAUCUAUGUUUGUUUGUAAUAAUAUAUUUAAUUAAUAUUUACUACUUGUACUAGAUUUACUUGUAAAAUUCAAAUUAUUUAAUCUAAUAUUCCAUGUUCAACAUAUAUCAUUAAAGUACAAUUGAUCAUCAAUA